UUGAGAAUACACCCUGGUUGGGAAGCCAUGCAUAAGAAAAUUCACACACUUAUUCACACCUAGGGCAAUCCACCUACUGUACCGUUUAAGAAGUGUAAGGAAAGCUGUGUAAGGAAGCUUCCAAGUGUAAGGAAGGUCGUGAGAUCAAAUCCAAACACUGCCUAGCUGCCCUUAACCCUCAUUUGCUCAGUUGUAUAAGUGAGAAUAAAUGAGAGAAUUGUAGGUCGCUCUGGAUAAGGGCGUCUGCCAAAUACCAUAAAUGUAAAUAACUACUCAUAUGAUGGUUCAGCUGCUAUGAACAUUGUUUUUUUUACUUACUCGAAGAAAUCUAAGCCGUUGCUCUGAGAUAUCGUGAAGAUCAUUAUCGCGGUAUCGGUUUCACUCGGUGUAUAGCAGCAGCCUGUGUGUGGAAGGGGCGGAGUCUCAGCCGCCCGGCCCGGGAUGUGAGACACGGACUAGUGUUGUGCAGUAAUAAAAACCGCUCUCUCAACCCCUGCAUGAACUUUUAGCAACGUCUCGGCCUUUUACACUUGGAGACCUGACGAAACACACGUUUUCCGAUGCUGACCCGGAUCAUUUCGCUGUGUUCUUUAUUAUUAAGUCCUCAAUAUUUCUGUCGUGUUUUUUCUUCAUCAUGGAAGCGCGUGCUUCGGGGCGCACUCGCGGUCUAGUGCUCGUGGUAGUUUUGUCUCUGUUGAAACUAACUGCUGGGGGUUUUGCGGGCAGCCCUUUGGUGACUGAAACUUAUUUAUCUACCGACACUGAGGAUUCAGAGCAAUCCAGCGAGUUUCCAACUUCCUCUGGAGCAGUGAUCAGCGAGGGGACUGCGAGGUUUGGAUACUCUUCCACAUCAAAAAUCUCAGAUCAUCCGAGUUUUUCAGAGAGGGAAUCUCACACUGCCACAGAUCAAAGUUCUGUCAAUGAGGUCACGGAGAGCUGGACAGCACCAAACAGAUCAGAUAUGUCCACUGAGUUGCUGGAUUUCAGCCCAGCAUUCAGCACUAACACAGUGACUGAGUGGGAAGAUCCUUCUACAAUAGCCAACAUCACUGAUGCCUAUACAGUAGCAGAGGCGUGGCAACCUGCAUCUGAGUUUAGGACUGUGAGAGAUCUCACUGUGACAAAGCUGACUGAGCAGGAACACACAGACCAGGAUACUACAGAAUCUGGUUCAAACACUGAUAGCACCUUCAUCUCCACCACACUUAGCCGUGCCAGAGAGCGCACUCUGCUGUCCGUCACAUCCAACAGCACCUCUCCAUACAUGGAACACUCCAGCUCCAGCUCCUUAGAGACAGCUCCACAUACUGUCACUGGGCAAGCGGAGAAGACAGGAAUUUCUCAGGAUAUGGUGUCCACUGAGGAUACGUUGUUUACUGAAUCUGGCCAUACAGUAGCAGAGGCGUGGCAACCUGCAUCUGAGUUUAGGACUGUGAGAGAUCUCAUUGUGACAAAGCUGACUGAGCAGAAACACACAGACCAGGAUACUACAGAAUCUGGUUCAAACACUGAUAGUACCUACAUCUCCACCACACUUAGCCGUGCCAGAGAGCACACUCUGUUGUCCAUCACAUCCAACAGCACCUCUCCAUACGUGGAACACACCAGCUCCAGCUCCUUAGAGACAGCUCCACAUACUGUCACUGGGCAGGCGGAGAAGACAGGAAUUUCUCAGGAUAUGGUGUCCACUGAGGAUACGUUGUUUACUGAAUCUGGCCAUACAGUAGCAGAGGCGUGGCAAUCUGCAUCUGAGUUUAGGACUGUGAGAGAUCUCAUUGUGACAAAGCUGACUGAGCAGAAACACACAGACCAGGAUACUACAGAAUCUGGUUCAAACACUGAUAGCACCUACAUCUCCACCACACUUAGCCGUGCCAGAGAGCGCACUCUGCUGUCCGUCACAUCCAACAGCACCUCUCCAUACAUGGAACACACCAGCCCCAGCUCCUUAGAGACAGCUCCACAUACUGUCACUGGGCAGGAGGAGAAGACAGGAAUUUCUCAGGAUAUGGUGUCCACUGAGGAUACGUUGUUUACUGAAUCUGGCCAUACAGUAGCAGAGGCGUGGCAACCUGCAUCUGAGUUUAGGACUGUGAGAGAUCUCAUUGUGACAAAGCUGACUGAGCAGAAACACACAGACCAGGAUACUACAGAAUCUGGUUCAAACACUGAUAGCACCUACAUCUCCACCACACUUAACCGUGCCAGAGAGCGCACUCUGCUGUCCAUCACAUCCAACAGCACCUCUCCAUACAUGGAACACACCAGCCCCAGCUCCUUAGAGACAGCUCCACAUACUGUCACUGGGCAGGAGGAGAAGACAGGAAUUUCUCAGGAUAUGGUGUCCACUGAGGAUACGUUGUUUACUGAAUCUGGCCAUACAGUAGCAGAGGCGUGGCAACCUGCAUCUGAGUUUAGGACUGUGAGAGAUCUCAAUGUGACAAAGCUGACUGAGCAGAAACACACAGACCAGGAUACUACAGAAUCUGGUUCAAACACUGAUAGCACCUACAUCUCCACCACACUUAGCCGUGCCGGAGACCGCACUCUGCUGUCCAUCACAUCCAACAGCACCUCUCCAUACGUGGAACACACCAGCUCCAGCUCCUUAGAGACAGCUCCACAUACUGUCACUGGGCAGGCGGAGAAGACCGGAAUUACUCAGGAUGCAGAGUCCACUGAGGAUGCGUUGUUUACUGAAUCUGGCCAUAGUGAGGAUUUCUCUGCAAAUGCCACCCAAAAGGAGGUCUUAGAGACUGAGGUCACUCAUGGCACCGAGAUUACCCUGUCUGACACAGGACAGCCCACAGGAUCAGAUUUUGAAUCAAUGCCUAAGACUAGCAACCCCAGCUCCACUCCACCUCUUACAGUAAUCAACAGCUCUGACAGUGAGACGGACACCAUAGCUGAUUCUUCCACCAACCAGACCUAUUAUACAGACACCAGCUCAUCUUCAUCGUUCAUACCUCCAUCUGUCCUGCCAGACAUUACACAUACCAACGUGUCUCACCAGGACAGCGAGACCACUGGUCCUACAGGUCCUGUGAGUACCAGUACAGGUGAAAAACCAGAUGAACCCAAGACCAGUGAGACACCCAAUGAACCCAUGGAAAAAACUACUAUUCCCAGUCUGACUACUGUACCUUCCACAGACUGGAAUAUGACUACCAGUGUGGAUGAGACCCAGUCCACCCAGCAUGCCUUUGUUUCCCAAACCGAUAGUCCUCCAGAGCCCACAGAGGUGCUGAGCACAGCUGCAGGACCUUCAACCCACAUGCCAACAUCUACAGAGGAGGACACACAUAAACCUAGCACUGUCCCUGUUACUAGCACCACGCUAGCUAGCACAGGCACCACAGCACCACUUACAACACAACAAUUUGAAGCCAGCACCACUGCCGAGGCUCACAGUACACCACACAGUACCCUGUCUGCCACAGUGACCACUAAGAAGACCAUGCCCACCACAGAACAGCACCACCCCACCACUGGAACAGCCACUCCCUCACUGUCUGCCAGCUCAUCCCAAUCUGGAGCUGGUUCUACUGAUCUGAGCACACUGCACUUUGAGACCAGCACUGCUACGCCAGGCAGCACCAAAGCACACAGCCAGCACACCACUGCAUCCUACAAUAAGAGCACUCCCGCCAUGAGUACUGCGGUAAUAACCACAGGAAAGCGCACUGAGACUGAAGCCACAACCUCACAGAUGCUUGUGAAGAUAAGUCUGACUCCUGGUCACAUGUGUAGGCCUCAGAUCUGUGCAAAUGGAGGCGAAUGUGUGCCGACAUUGGGUGGUUACAGGUGCAAUUGUCUGCCUGCCUGGAGAGGAGAAAACUGCACUAAGGAUGUGGAUGAGUGUGUGAGCAGUCCGUGCCCUCAAGACUCCGUGUGUGUCAACACCAGAGGUUCGUUCAGCUGUGACUGUGCCCUAGGUUAUGACCUGCAAGAUGGACGUAGCUGUACACAAACAAAGACGUUCUUAGGGAUUUUUAGUGUGAACAGUUCUCUGCAUGACUCGCACAGAGAGAUCUCACAGUUGUUGAAUGCCUCACUCUCAAACCUGCGUGGUUAUAGACGAUCAACUCUGCGGUAUUUGGACAGGUUGCACAUCCUGGCUGUGAACAUGUUUUCUAUGUCCGCUAAUGUGACCAGCAAUGACAUCUUCUUCAGGAUCCAGAUGUCUCUCAGAAACUGCAACAAACCACAGUCGCACUGUUCCUUAAAGCUCCAACACCAGCUUGCUUAUCAAGUGGAGAGUCUGUGCUCAGCCCAGAAGAAUAGAUGUGACACUCAGUAUGCCGUGUGCAAUGAUACUGAGGGAAUUCCAUACUGCCAGUGCCAUGAAGGAUACUUCAAAAAGAACCCAGAAGACAGUACCUGUAGAGACUGUGGCGAUGGCUUUAAACUUGUUAAUGGAACUUGUAUGGAAUGUGCAUUUGGAUUUGGGGGAUUCAACUGCAAUAAUUUUUAUGGGCUGAUAGCAAAGGUGGUUUCUCCUGCAGCUGGGGGGUUGUUGCUCAUCGUUAUCAUUGCUCUCAUUGUAACCUGUUGCAGGAAGGACAAGAAUGACAUUAAUAAAAUCAUCUUCAAAAGUGGGGAUCUUCAAAUGUCUCCAUAUGGUGACUUUCCCAAGAGUAGUCGUGUAUCAAUGGAGUGGGGCAGGGAGACCAUUGAGAUGCAAGAAAAUGGCAGUACCAAGAAUCUCUUGCAGAUGACCGAUAUUUAUUACUCUCCAGCUCUGCGAAAUGCUGAUCUGGAGAGGAAUGGGCUUUAUCCAUUCUCAGGCCUGCCUGGUUCACGACACUCCUGCAUUUACCCAGCACAGUGGAAUCCAUCAUUCAUCAGUGAUGACUCACGGCGGAGGGAUUAUUUUUGACUCCACACUGCCUUGGAGUUAACAGUGCUCUCAUAAGGAAUGUAGCAAAGGCUCCAUUGAUAGCAAGAUGGAGCUGACCAUGGAUAGGGACAACACUGACCACUAAGUAGCCUAUGAAUGUGAAAACAAGCUGACAGGAAAGAAAUCAACAUCAUUUCAUCCGCUUCUUAGAACUGUGAAAUAAUCACAAGGGGAAUUGUGCUCAAUAUAAAUGCUGUUAGCAAAUCCAGUGUUGCACUGUUCAGUGUGUCUGUCGACACAGAUGUUUGAUCUCAAAUGGAAUAAUCCAAAGAAGUAACACAUUUAAAGUAAGGCAAACUAUACACCUUCUAGGGUAACGUAAAUGUGUGCAUAUGUCUGUAUAAACUUAUUGUAUUUAAGCCUGAGAAGUUAGGAGAACUCUUUAAAAGCUGGUAAGCUGUAUAAAUGGUAUAUUGCUGUAGCCUGUUUUAUGAGUAGAUGUAACAGGACAAAGUAGGUCAUUAUGUUAACAUUCCCUUAAGGACAUGCAGUGAAUUAAUCCACUUGGUGCUAUUUCUUCACAUAAUGUAGAUUACGGCACUAUACCCAUGAUACCACAAUGAACAGUGCAACAUUCUUAUUUAUUCAAUUAACUUAAUGUCAUUUACAGAUAAAUAUGCUUUCCAGUUAGAUAUAAUUUCUCAAAUCAUGAUCUACAGAACAACCUUGAGGUUUGUAUGUGUGCGUGUGUUUGUUUGUGGAUGUGUGUGUGUGUGUGUGUGUGUGUGUGUACCAAGUAGCUGUUAUUUUGCUAUGUAUGUGUUUAUAAGGUGUAUGAUGUUUUUGCCAAUAACUUACAUUUUUAAUAACUGAAGUAUUUUAUGCCUACAAGUAUUUUCUUUUCUCCCCUGUGGAUGGUCAUUUAAAGCUGGCGUUUUAGUCAGACAUAUUUGAAAUAAAGCAGCAGUAAUGACAA